GGGCGCAUGCGUAUUCACGGUGUGUGGAAUACACUUCUCUGAGGCUGAGAUGAUACGUUUGUCCGUCCACUAUGUCAUUAUGCGACCUUUGUUCGUUGUUAAAAUAAGCAUACGUAAUUAAAAUAUCCUUAUUUUUGAUUAAGAUUGGUGAAAUGCCAUGAAGCUAACACGGAAGCUGAUUCUUGCUAAAGCUAAGGCCUCCGACUUGCAAAGUGUGAGGAAACUUAACUGCUGGGGAUGCAGCCUGACAGAUAUAUCUAUUUUCUGUCAGGUACCCAACAUUGAGGUGCUCACACUGAGCGUUAACAGCGUCGCAUCUCUGUCUCCUCUGACUGGUUGCCUGUCGUUGAGUGAGCUCUACCUGAGGAGGAACAUGAUUCCGUCCCUCUCUGAAUUGUGUCAUUUGCGUCCGCUGACACGUCUCAGAGUGCUGUGGUUGGCUGAAAACCCAUGCUGUGGAAAUGACCCGAGCAAGUAUCGCCUCACUGUGCUGCGCUGUCUCCCUCGCCUCCAGAAACUUGACAAUCAGGUGGUGACUGAGGGUGAGAUCGCACUCGCUCUCAUGGAGGGUGAAGAGGUCAGUACACCUCCAGGUAGUGUCCAGAACCAGCUCUCCAACAACGGACUUCCAGAAGCAGAGACAGAGAACGAUGCACUUAACUACAACAUGGAGGAGACCAACAAAAUCAGAGAAGAACUGGGAAUGAAGCCUCUCUCCAGGGACAAGUUCUCCUCUCCUUCUUCUCCAUCCAUCAUUGAGAGACCAACAAUGAGAAAGACUCAUACACUUGAUGCAGUUCUGCUUCUGUUGAAGGACUUGGAUGAAGAGGAGCUUCAUAUUGUCCACACAGCCACACAGAACAGGCUGCAGACGUACACACUGGACUCGGGAGAUGUUCAAAGUUUUCCAGCUCAAAAAACUGCAGACAUUCAACACUAGCCUGUUUCACAGCAUCAACUCCAACGCCUCAAUCCCUUUUCCACUUCAAACCGCCGGAUUCUGAGGGACGGAGAUCUUUCUGCAUGCAAAAUGCACCACAUGUAAUUUUCAUUUCACUGCCACUUUCACUUUUGUGAGACUUUAUUUGCAGCAUCAUAGCGGCAUGCCUACAUGUCUUGAAAGAACAAAAGAAUGUAUGCUGUGCAGAAUGUCUAGAUCUAUUUCUGUAAAUAAAAACUGAUCCAGCUCUUUUGGGAAAGC